GUAAAAGAAUAAAUGUUGAGGCACAGCGCGCAUAGUGGUCACGUGACAAGACCGCUCGGGCUUCUUUGCUGGGCCGAAACCGACCAGCCAACCGCCCUGGCCGAGGCCAACGAUGCUCAACCUGAUGCGGAGGCCUUGCAGGUGUUGCCAGACACGGCCAAUCGCCUGCGAAUCCAUUCCAUUAAGGCUACAAGUACCUGCAGCUCCAGCCAUCCUACGUCUUGCUGUAGUGUGGCCGAGAUCAUUUCGGUGCUCUUCUUCCACACGAUGAGGUAUAAACCGACCGACCCAGAGCACCCCGACAACGACAGAUUCGUCCUCUCCAAGGGCCACGCAGCACCCGUCCUCUAUGCCACUUGGGCCGAGGUGGGCGAUAUCUGCGAAUCUGACUUGCUGAGCCUGAGGAAGCCUCACUGCGACUUGGAAGGACAUCCCACCCCUCGACUGUCGUUUGUGGAUGUGGCAACAGGGUCCCUUGGGCAAGGAUUAGGUGCUGCGUGUGGAAUGGCUUAUACAGGCAAGUACUUCGACAAGGCCAGUUACCGAGUGUUCUGCCUCAUGGGAGAUGGUGAAUCCGCAGAAGGCUCUGUCUGGGAGGCUUUGGCCUUCGCCUCCCACUACAGUUUGGACAAUCUCGUGGCAGUCUUCGAUGUGAACCGCUUGGGACAGAGUGCCCCCGCCCCCCUGGAGCACCGCACAGAAGUGUGUCAGAAUCGCUGUGAAGCCUUCGGGUGGAAUACUUACAUAGUGGAUGGUCAUGAUGUGGAGGCAUUAUGCCAAGCAUUUUGGCAAGCAGCUCAAGUGAAGAACAAACCUACUGCUGUAAUUGUCAAGACUUUCAAGGGUCGGGGCAUUCCAAACAUUGAGGAUGCAGAAAAUUGGCAUGGAAAGCCAAUACCAAAAGAGAGAGCAGAUGCAAUUAUCAAACUAAUUGAGAGUCAGAUACAGACCAACAGAAAGCUCACACCGAAACCUCCUAUUGAAGACUCACCUCAGCUCAGCAUCUGUAACAUAAAAAUGACCUCUCUGACUGCUUACAAAGCAGGUGAGAAGAUAGCUACCAGGAAAGCAUAUGGCAUGGCUCUGGCUAAAUUGGGCCAUGCGUGGGAAAGGGUUAUUGCUCUGGACGGUGACACGAAGAACUCUACCUUUUCUGACAUAUUUCAGAAAGAUCACCCUGAGCGUUUCAUAGAGUGUUUUAUUGCUGAGCAAAACAUGGUAAGUGUGGCAUUGGGCUGUGCCACACACAAUAGAACCAUUGCUUUUGUUAGUACAUUUGCUGCCUUUUUGUCCCGAGCAUUUGAUCAGAUCCGAAUGGGAGCCAUCUCUCAAACCAGCAUCAACCUUGUUGGUUCUCACUGUGGGGUAUCUAUUGGUGAAGAUGGACCCUCUCAGAUGGCCCUGGAGGAUCUAGCCAUGUUCCGAAGCAUUCCCAAUUGCACUAUUUUCUAUCCAAGUGAUGCAGUCUCAACAGAGCAUGCUGUUUAUCUGGCUGCCAAUACCAAGGGAAUGUGCUUCAUUCAUACCAGCUGGCCAGAAACUGCAGUUAUUUAUACCCCACAAGAAAAUUUUGAGAUUGGACAGGCCAAAAUAGUUCGCUCCAGUGUCAAUGACAAGAUCACAGUUAUUGGAGCUGGAGUUACUCUACAUGAGGCCUUAGCAGCUGCUGAUGAUCUUUCUCAACAAGGUAUUUCUAUUUGUGUCAUUGACCCAUUUACUAUUAAACCUCUGGAUGCUGCCACCAUCAUUUCCAGUGCAAGAGCCACAGGUGGCCGGAUCAUCACCAUGGAAGAUCACUACAGAGAAGGUGGCAUUGGAGAAGCUGUGUGUGCAGCUGUCUCCAGGGAGCCUGACAUCCUUGUUCAUUAGUUGGCAGUCGCAGAAGUACCUCGGAGUGGAAAAGCUAGUGAAUUGCUGGAUAUGUUUGGAAUCAGUGCCAAACACAUCAUAGCAGCUGUGAAAUAUACUUUAAUGACCUAAAAUAGCUCAUUUCUUAACAAAUCAAAUCUGUUAGUUUUGAUCUUAAAGCACUGGAAUCUUUAUGUUAAAUGUAGUUGUUAGAAAACCAUCACUUAUCCAUACAGUCAUGCAGUUUGUUUUUUUAAAGCAAAGCUACAUAACACUAUUUCUAGUUUAAAAAUUCAAGUAAAUUUUCUAUUAAAGUGUGAACAUAUACAGUCACUAUUCUCAGUUUUGAAGCAUUAGAAUGGGCUUAAAAUUUUAAGAAUAGGAAAUAAAACAACCACCUAAUACAAAGUUUUCUGUUAAGACUAAAAAUUACUGACUGGGUUGGGGAUUCAUGUAGAGAUAACUUUCUUAGAUGUAUAUAAUUUCUUUGUGAGUUAAGAAAAUGUGAAUUUAAUUGUAAGACUUCAGUAGCCCAGAUUUUGAAGCAAGUUUGAGCUUUCCUAUAAUGCCAUCACCAUCCUAUACCUAUAGCUUUCCAGAUGAUGUUUGACUGAAAUUGUCUGGGAGUUUCCCAAAAUUCAUCUCUCUAAGGUUUAUGGGAUGUAGAGUAGCAAUGACAUGUACUAUGCUGCUUGUGAUGUUUCAUAGAGAAAAAGAAAGUGUAGCAAGUUCCAGUCUACAUACUACAUACAGUUAUGUGAUAAUUCAAAAUACCCUUUUUUUUGAUGACAAAAAAAAAGAAUAAAUCUUUUUCUUUGGAAAUAUAUGCAAGUAAGUCUCCCAAUUAUGAAAGAGUAAAGAGGUCAACAAAUCUUUUUCCUUUCAAAACAGUUAAAAAACAGGACAUAAUUGUCAAAAACAA